AGAUGGCGGCCCGCUGGAGCAGUGAGAAUGUGGUGGUUGAGUUUCGGGAUGCUCAGGCUACCGCCAUGUCAGUGGACUGUCUGGGUUCUCACGCUGUACUGUCUGGGCGGCGUUUUCUCUACAUGGUGAACCUGGAAGCUCCAUCCGAACCUCCGAGGAAGAUAGGCCGGCAGAGUAAAUGGGACGUGGGGACGGUUCAGUGGAAUCCUCACCAGUCUGAGUCUCACGUCUUCGCUGCCUCAAGUAACCAGCGUGUGGAUCUGUACUCGUGGAAGGAUGGCUGUGGAGAAGUUCACACCUCGCUGCAGGCUCACACCAGAGUCAUCAGUGAUCUGGAUUGGUCCUGGUUUGAACCCGAGUUUCUCGUCACCAGCUCUGUGGACACGUACAUCUACAUCUGGGACACUAGAGACACUCGGAAACCCACUGUGGCGCUGUCUGCUGUCGCUGGAGCAUCUCAGGUAAAGUGGAACAGGAAGAACCAGUACCUGCUGGCGUCCAGUCAUGAUGGAGACGUCCGAAUCUGGGAUAAAAGAAAGCCGAACACGGCAGUGGAGUACGUGGCAGCUCACCUGUCGAAGAUCCACGGCCUUGACUGGCACCCCGAAAAUGAGUUCAUCUUUGCCACAUCAAGCCAGGACAACUCAGUUAGAUUUUGGGAUUACCGACAGCCCAGGAAGUAUCUGAACAUCCUGUCCUGCCAGGUGCCGGUGUGGAAAGCGCGGUACACUCCGUUCUCCAACGGUUUGGUCACAGUGAUGGUUCCUCAGCUGAGAAGAGAGAACAGUCUCUUACUCUGGAGCACACUUGACCUCAACAAUCCUGUCCACGCCUUCGUCGGACAUGAUGACGUGGUGCUGGAGUUCCAGUGGAGGCCGCAGAAAGAAGGCUCGAAAGAUUACCAGCUGGUCACCUGGUCCAGAGACCAGACCCUGAGGAUCUGGAGGGUAGAUCCUCAGCUGCAGAAGCUGUGCGUCAGCGACGUGGAGGAUCUGAUGGAGGGCAUGUCUCUUACCGUGGAGACGGAGAAAACGCUGUCAUCUCAGGAGCCCGAGAGUCAGCACGGUGUUGGUCUUCAUGCUGAAAGCCUGCAAGAUCAGGACUCUGGAGGCCGCCAGGAUUCGGUGGGGAGUUCAGGUCUUCCUCAGACUCUGCAGCAGGAGUUCUCUUUGGUCAACCUGCAGAUCAGAAACGUCAAUGUGGAGAUGGAUGCAGUGAACCGCAGUUGUGUGGUGUCCGCCCACUUCGGGACCCAUCAGGUCCAUCUGGUAGUGAAGUUUCCUGCUCAGUAUCCCAACAAUGCCGCGCCCACUUUUCAGUUUGUCUCACCGACAACCAUUCCAUCUGCCAUGAAGAUCAAGAUCCAGAAGAUUCUGACUGACACGUCUCUACAGAAGGUGAAGAGGAACCAGAACUGUCUGGAGCCGUGUGUCCGACAGCUGGUGUCCUGUCUGGAGUCCGACAUGACACAGGAGGAUGGCCCCGCCUCCGGCCCCUUUGUCCUGUCGAACCCCGUCACUCCAACCCUGCAGGCGUUUCCUCGAGUCACCAACACGUACGGCUCCUAUCAGGACGCCAACAUCCCGUUCCCUCGGACCUCUGGAGCUCGUUUCUGUGGCACUGGCUGCCUUGUUUACUUCACCCGACCAAUCACGAUGCACCGCUCCGUCCCACCAACUGAACCCACUCCCAGGUCCUUGUCAGCUCUAUCAGCCUAUCAUAGUGGAGUCCUGACCCCGAUGAAGAUGCGCUCAGAGUCUCAGAGCACUCUGCGCUUGUACAGCGGCAGUCCAACUCGCUCUGACAAAGACACCGUCUCCAUCUCCUCCUUCUACUAUAAAGAACGGAAAUCACGGCGCUUUAAGACGAAGCGAGAGGGAACAGACUACUCCAACCGCCCCAUCAAACUUGCCGGGAAGGUCAUCAUCCAGGAGAUCUCCUGUCUGCUGCCUGUUCACAAGGCUCUGGGGGAAAGCUACAUUCUGAACAUGAACGACAUCCAGGAAACGUGUCAGAAGAAUGCAGCAGCUGCUCUUUCAGUUGGACGCAGAGAUGUAGCAAAGGUUUGGGCUCUAGCAUCUGCAGCAACCGAUCAGGACCUAAGUCCAGACUCAGACCCGGAUACUGAGACGCCCUGGGCCAGACAUCCAUUUGGACGGCAAUUACUAGAGACCCUUUUGGAUCACUACAGUCAGAUGAGCGACGUUCAGACUCUGGCGAUGCUGUGCAGCGUGUUCAGAGCGCAGGCUGCUCCUGCUGACUGUUACUCUCUGUAUGGACACCACCCAUCACGAUCCUCCAUGUUCCCCCCGCACCACUCACGAUAUCCCAGUUACACAUCCAGCUCUGUCACCUCUGGGUCCUGCUCCAGUACCUCCGACUCCAUCACAACCACCACCUGGAACACAGGUAGAGACUCUGAGCAUGCAAACCCCUGGGGUGAGUCCUCCCCUGAUGACUAUCGCUAUGGUAACCAGGGUUAUACCGAUCCACGGGAACGAGAGCGGGAGCAGCACGACAUGAACAAGAGGCUGCUGGACCCCGCCAACAUGUUACAGUUUGAUGACUUUAAGAAGUGUUACGGUGAAAUCUUGUACCGAUGGGGUCUGAGGGAGAAAAGAGCCGACGUUCUGAAGUUUGCUUCCUGUCCUCCUGAACCUCACAAAGGCAUCGAGUUCGGGGUGUUCUGCUGUCACUGCCGCAGUCAGGUUCGGGGCACUCAGUGUGCCGUUUGCAAGCGCCUCACUUUCCAGUGUGCCAUCUGUCACGUGGCCGUACGUGGCUCCUCCAACUUCUGCCUGAGCUGCGGUCACGGAGGACACACCAGUCACAUGAUGGACUGGUUCAGGCGGCAGGAUGAGUGUCCGGCUGGCUGUGGCUGCCACUGUUUGCUGCAGAGCACUUUCUGAUGCAUUCUGGAUGCUCUGCUGAUUAAAACCCACAAAUAUCCAGGGAAAGAAGGGGCCUGGCAUGCACGAUCCAAGGCACUGAUUCAGCUAGUGAUCACAGAGGAUCAGCUGCACUGACAGAUGGUGAUGAAGUCCAUCCUGAAGUCUCUGCCAGGACACGAAAUAGGGCUUGGAUUGAUGGACGUCAUGGUAACAUGAGGCUUGCCUGGACUGAAUUUAUACAAAGACAAUAGAAAUACCAAAACCUGAAGGCUACACUGUCAUGACAUUCAUGCUACCUCCAGAAGAACUUAUCAGUCUUAGAGACUUUCUUCAUUUCUCUUAAACACCAUUCCCUGGGAGAAAUGUAAUUGUUUUGUAGCACUGAAUGUCAAAGCUGCAAUGUUUAUACUUGUGUCCCUCAGCAGGUGGUAGUUUGAUGGCCACAACACUGAACAAUCAGUACGUCUGCAUGCAGUUUAUUUCUCACUAGUCCCAACAACAUCAGCUUUCAUUGCAUAGCAUCAUGGGAUAAAAUUUUGAAGCUGUGAGGACCUGCAAGGAUUGCUUUUAUGGUUGUGUAUGCUUCAGAGCAGAUAUGAAGGCUGUGUCAGCUCUUGAAGCAAUUCAGUAUGUAACAAAAAUGGUGUAAUCACAAAGUUUAACUAACACCUGUAGACAAUGGGGUUGGAGAUUGAUUUACACGACAGUCAGACCCAAAAUAAUUCUAAGCAGUGCCCACAGCAAGAAGGUCCUCAGUAUCUAGUCUGAAAGGGGCAUAUCCAGUGGUGUAGAGGAGCCUGCAAAAGUGGGCAUACUCUAAAGAUAUUCCCUUUUUUGGUGACUCUGUUGUAGUUUGCUCCUGCAUAUUUUGUCCUUGCACAUUAACCACCAAUUUAUGCUUCUUGACCUCCUCUGCCUCUGACUGGCUUAAUAUAAUAUUAUUGCCCAUCCAACAAAGGCAACAAGAAGUUAGAGGCAAGCAGGUCAUGCCCUUUGCCACCCUGGGAAAAUGAAUGCAGUAUAUGACUGAAUAAUGAUCAUCAGAAGGGAUUCAGAAAUAGCUUUACUCUACAGAUACUGGAAAAUAAGUGGUCAUACUUUGUAUACCUGCAUAGAUCCUGGGCCUGCACUACACAAGUGUUAAUAUAGUCGACUAAGGCUAUGACUAAAAUGUUUGUUGAGUACCUUUUUUCAUGAAAAAGACAAUGCUAAGUAUAAAUAAAUCGUUGGGAAUAAAAUCUCUGAUAAAAAGUAGGGGAAUAAAGCUAGGAGGAUAAAAGAGGACUAAAAUGUUAGUGCAGGACUUUUGACAUUAAAAGUCAAUGAUUUCUCCACUGUGCGUACAAGGUAUGUCAGUAUGUUCAUCAGUGUGUUCUAAAUCAAUUAAAGUAUUGAUAGUGUAUCAUUAUAAGUGUUUUACAUUCUUAUUAAUUUUACAAUUUGGCUGGUUCAGUUAGUUCAAAGAAAAUGAAUGUCUGGAUUAAACAAACAAAGCUAAAUUCUCAGGAGUUUUAUUGACUAAAUUAGAAUUUAAAAUAGAUUUAAAACUUCAGUCUACCACUGGGUGCAUCACCUACUGUAGUGAAGACUGCUUGUCAGUAAGUCAAUUCUCUGCAUGUACACUAGGACAAAAAUGGUGAUUCAGGUAAUAUCCUAAUGGAGCUCUUACCAUAACUCAGUGAUACUCCACCUGCUGUCUUUUUGAGGCUAACUAGGAAAAAAUAAUCCUCCCUAAAGCUUGAAAAAUGGGAAGACAUCAUCAGAAAUUGUUUAUUGCAAGUCACAUCAAUGUUUUUUCCUCCAAAUGAAGACUUUCACUUUAACUGGCAAGUUCAAAUACCAACUUUUAUUUGUUGUUUGUACAUUAGUUUGUACAUUAUUUCUGUCAGGAAAUCGUUUUGGCAUUUGGAGGCCCUGGGAAAAAAACCAUUAUGAGGCCGUUCUCAAUUUAGCUAACAGCAGUUGCUGAGUUUCUAAAAUAUUAGCAUCUCUUUUAAGUUAAUUAAGCCUGAUAACUACUAGACAUACUCAGAUUUGAAAUCUAAGUCCCCCAAAUAGUCAACAGUACUUCAUCAGCUCCUAGAAGAGCAUCAUAACUCAGCACAUCCUAAUAUUUUAAAACAUCUCGUCUAGGUCAGGAGGAACUUAUAAAAAUAUAAAUAGAUGCUUACUAUUGGAAAUAUAUCCAGAAUUCUGCCACAAAUCAAACAUACAGUAAUCACAACUCAUACUCUGGAGCUACCUCACUGUGAUUUGUUAUUAGGACAUUUUGUGGCUUUUUGUACCUUGCUGUUGAGGAUAUGGGUCCUCUCUGGUGACUUUUGUGAAUAAUAAGAAGCUAUUUUGAUGCUAUUUCUUCCUCCUUGGCACUGUAUUUCCAUUCAAAGUACAUUUUAAACACUUAAAUGUAUUUUUAGAUUUGUAGUAUUCCCAAUGGUUUUGUAUUGUGGCUCGUGCAAAAUCAUUUUCCAACAAUUUGGCUCUUGGGUUGAGAGUAAAGUCGAGUACCACUGCUUUACUAUUCAUGUACACGUACUGAGUAAGACACUUUCCUGUUAUUUCACUGUUAUAAAAGUCAGAAAGUGAGUUGUCUGUCAUUAGUAAACUAAAGUGGAAUAGUCGAUGGAUAGUUCAAUGUUUCUUUAUAAUCACUGUGGCCUUACAUGACUGAAUGCUAGAUACAGACUCUGUAAAUUUAACUCUUAAGGUCCUGUGUGUACAGCAGCUGAUUUUUGCUGGCAGUGUUUUCUAACUUGACACUAUAACACUAUAAACUGCUUUUCAUUCUCAACAUGUGAAAUGUAAUCAGGAAACAACAUGCAGAUUAGAACAUAUGCAUCAUAGAGUUAACUUGACACGCCAGAUAGAUUAUUUUAUACUGUAUAUCCAUUGCAUGGAUUUAUAUACAUGCAUCUGGGAGACCUCUCAUAGAAUGCCUUUGGAAAGGGCGGGGCUGUCACAUUCAUAAUGAGCCAAUCAGAGCAACAAGACAAAAUGAGGUAGAAGGCAUGCACAGCUCAGAUAGCAAUCUGAGCUCGAUAGGACGGUGCUGCCAUAACUUAUGAAUUUCGAAACUGGUCGGUGGGUAAAACUAAAGCAGAGGCUAGCCAGGAGAAGUGCAAAACAUCUUCUCUGCAAAGAUAAGCUUCCAGUGUAGCUCUUUAUCCUUGUUUUAAUAAAGAAACAUGGUCCAGUUCGGAUAAAACUAUACUAAAUCUACAUCUGAGCUAAUUGCUACACCAGCGGUAGCUCUUGUGACUUACUUCCAGUAUAACUAAACCACAGCCAUAGCUGCAGCCUUGUUCUCCUCAAAUGAAGAUGAUUGGUCCAUUUUCAGCCCUGGUACAAUUGUUUAAGACAGGAGCUUUGUAAGUUAAUUCUCCUGAUGGCAGACAUGAAAUUUGGACAAUCCAUCUGCUUUGCAAGGUAACUAUAGAGUGCAGUGUCUAUUGAAAAGACCCCUUCAUUUGAAAAAAGAGUGGCAAGGAUUAGCUGGAUGAGUAUAGCACUUAUUCACUACCUAGCUUGGACAGAUUCAGUGUGACCACACUAUGAGAGUGCUGUGAGUACAGCAAUAAAAAAUGUCUGACAUCGAGGGCGUUUAGGACACUGAGCACUGAAAAUGGACUAUAUAGGUUAUGUACAGAAAAUGAGCACUGUGGAAAAAAUGUCAGCUGUCAGCACAGGCACUAAAUAAAGA